UCCUCAAAUUCUCUCGUUUCUCUUCCAAACUCCUCACUAGACUAUAAAUGUUCUUCUUCUUCUUCCUCUUCCUCUCUACUUUUUUUGUUGGACUAUAACUGUUCUUCUUCCUCUCUACUUUUCUUUCAAAUCCAAGAACUGAACCAGUGAAUCAUGUGGUACAAAGUCGCCAGUGCUUCCCAAUACCUAGCCAUAACAGGUGUAGGUAUCAACGACAUCAAGCUCGAAAAGAAAUCAUGGAUUUUUCCUGGCCAAUCUUGCAGAGUCGUCGAUGUCUCCCCUGUCAACUAUACCUUCGAAGUCCAGGCCAUGAGUUCUGAAAAGCUCCCUUUCCUUCUUCCUGCAGUAUUCACCAUCGGCCCAAGAGCUGACGACAAAGAAAGCCUCCUUAAGUAUGCUAGGCUCCUCUCUCCCCAUGAGAGAAUGUCCACGGAUGUUAGAGAACUCGUCCAAGGCAUCAUCGAAGGUGAGACUCGAGUUCUUGUUGCCUCCAUGACCAUGGAAGAGGUGUUUAAAGGUACCAAAGAUUUCAAAAGGGAAGUAUUCGAGAAGGUCCAGCUUGAGUUGAAUCAGUUUGGACUUUUGAUUUAUAAUGCCAACAUCAAACAGUUGGUGGACGUGAAAGAUCAUGAGUAUUUUUCUUAUCUUGGUCAGAAAACCCAAAUGGAGGCCGCUAAUCAGGCUAAAAUUGAUGUUGCUGAAGCUAAGAUGAAGGGUGAGAUAGGGGCCAAGCUUAGAGAUGGGCAGACCUUGCAGAAUGCGGCCAAGAUUGAUGCUGAAACAAAGAUUAAUUCGAUCAAAAGGCAAGGAGAGGGGAAAAAACAGGAGAUUACGGUGCAGACGGAGUUGCAGGUUUUUGAGAAUCAGAGGAAGGCUGAGCUUGCAGAGGCUAAUGCUGAACUGGCGAUGAAGAAGGCUGGGUGGACUCAGCAGACUCAGAUGGCCGAGGUGGAAUCGGCUCAGACGGUUGCUAUUCGGCAGGCUGAGUUGCAGCGAGAGGUGGAGAAGAGGAAUGCUUUGACACGGACGGAGAAGCUCAAGGCAGAACACCUCAGCAAGGCAAGCGUGGACUAUGAGAUUAAGGUCCAAGAGGCCAAUUGGGAACUAUACAAGAAGCAGAAAGCUGCAGAGGCAGUACUGUAUGAGAAGGAGAAACAAGCUGAGGCUCAGAAAUUGGCUGCAGAGGCAGCACUCUUUUCCCGGCAGCAAGAGGCAGAAGCUGAGCUCUAUACAAAGAAAAAGGAGGCUGAGGCACUUGUGGCUCUAGCAGAGGCACAGGGAAUAUAUGUUAGCACCAUGAUGAAGGCCUUGGGUGGAAACUAUCUUGCCCUGAGAGAUUACCUGAUGAUCAAAGAUGGGAUGUUCCAAAAGAUUGCGAAGAUCAAUGCUGAGGCUGUAAAAGGGUUGCAACCCAAGAUCAGUGUCUGGACAAACAAUGCUGGUGGGGAGAUGACAGAAGGAGCAGGGAGUGGUAGUGGAGCAAUGCAGGAGGUUGCUGGGUUGUACCGAAUGUUGCCCCCUUUGCUUAAUACUGUGCAGGAGCAGACCGGGAUGUUGCCGCCGGCAUGGAUGGGCACACUUGCUAACCCUGAGUAGUCCGUGAUUUAUGCUAGUAGAUCUCAAUCUUUUAUAAACUUGGAUUACAUUUCUUGAUGAUUCAAAGAGUUAGAAAUAUAGGAUAUAGGAUAGGUAGGAUAUUGUUUUGGGAGAACAGUACUGUCAUAGUUUCUGAAGAAUGUUAUUUAACUGAUUCCUGAUGCACAUGAUAGUUUGAAUUUUAGGGGAAUUGAUAUUACUAUAUAGAAGCAUGCCUCUGGUUUGAUAUUCUUCAACUUGUGAAAA